AUGUUUGCGCUCUCCGCAUACAAGGCGAACCAAGCCCCGACCCUGUCGCGCCAACAAGAGCUCGCCCGUCUGCCGAUCCCUACUCUGGAAGCCUCGACGCAAAGGUACCUCAAGAGCCUCAAGCCGUUCCUGCUCCAGCACGCUCAAGAGGCUGGCCUGGGGGAGGAGGAGGCGCAGAAGCAGUUGGAGAAGAGGCACGAGUGGGCAGACGACUUCCUCAAGGAGGGUGGACUGGGGAGGCUGCUGCAGGAGAGGCUCAAGGGUCAGUACGCGCUCGAGCUGUGAGACGUGUCGGCUGGUGUGGGGCCCGGUUGUGAUCCAUUCGGAGCGCUGAGCUCACCAUCACCAUCCUCUCUCCGCCCACAGACGUCGAUCGAAGCUCACCCAACAACUGGCUCGACGACAACUACUGGCUCAGCGUAUACCAUGGCUGGCGCGCAGCCUUGCCCAUCAACAGCAACUGGUUCAUUCUCAUGGCCGACGAUCAGACCAUCCCCAAAGAGGUCCGAGCUUCGGCACCUCCCCGGGGCGAAUACUCGAAUUGGCAGAUCAAACGGGGUGCCAAGCUUGUCGAGAGGUUGAUCCAGUUCAAGCACAAGCUGGAUAGGUUAGUGAGAAGCAGACGUCUGGCGACUUGCUCGAACAUGGAUGACUGACUUGGGCGCUUCGAUCUGGCAGGGAAGAGAUUGCGCCCGAUGCUUCACGGGCCGGGCCUUUCUGCAUGCACCAGUACACGAGGUACGUCUAGCCAGCACUUUGAAAGGCCAAUCGUUAGCAGUGAUCUCAUCCUUAUCUUGGAUUGGUCGCACAGGGUCUACGGUGUCACUCGUCUCCCCGGACUCCCUCUCGACAGAUUCGUCCACGCCCCUCACCCCCAUCCCUCGGCUGCGAUCACCGUCAUCGUCAACGACCACUUCUACAACGUUCCCGUUACCACCGCGGAUGGCCAAGCCGUCGAUCUCGCCUCCCUCGAAGCGACACUCUGGGCCAUCGUCGAAGAUGCCUCGGCACGGCCUCGUGGACCAAGCGUCGGAGCCUGCUCAGGUGACGGCCGAGACGCCUGGACCGUCUCCCGUGAACACUUGCUCCAACUUGAUCCCAAGAACCGAACGACGAUGACCGCAAUAGAGAACUCGCUCUUUGUUCUCGCUCUCGAUGGACACACCGUCAAAUCGCCCUCGUAUCAAUCCUCGUCACCCGUUUCGCAAACAACGGAUCUCGAUGCUCAUAUCGUCAAUGGUUCGUCCGCAGGUGGUGAAGGUCGUAACCGUUGGUGGGACAAGGCCAUCACCGUCGCGGUCGAGAGCAAUGGUCGAGCCAUCAUGAACGGCGAACAUUCGCCCUGCGACGCCCUCAUCCCUUCCAUUAUCGCCGAAUACGUAUUAGCCGAAGGUGUCUCGGCCGACGAGACCUCCCAUAGAGGGCAAGGUUCCUUGAACGGCGUCCAGAAACUCAACUGGGUCCUCGACGCCCAAGCAGAGAAGAACAUCGAAGGGGCGAUCCAGACCAUCUCUGACCUAGCCGAGGACAGCGAAGGUAAGAUGUUGUGGUACGACGAAUACGGUACCGAAUGGAUCAAGAAGGUCGGCAAACAAUCCCCCGAUGCGUAUUGUCAAAUGGCAUUGCAACUCGCGUACUAUAAGACCCAUGGGAGGUGUGUGGGCACUUAUGAGACCGCUUCGACGAGGUUGUUCUUGCAUGGACGGACGGACGUCAUUCGCACCUUCAGCGAGGAUAGUCUUCGUUGGGUUCAAGCGAUGCGCCAAAAGGAUCAAUACAGCCCGACAAGAUUGUACGAACUCUUGACCGCCGCUACAAAGGCGCACAACUCGUACACGCGCGAUUCAUCGACGGGCAAAGGCUUGGAUCGUCACUUCCUUGGACUGCAACAGAAUUUAAGGAAGGGCGAAUCACACCCUUUGUUUGAGGAUCCGUUGUUCACCGAAAGUCAGUCGUGGGUCUUGAGUACGAGUGGGCUGUCCGCAGGAGACAGGUUCUAUGGGACGGGCUUUGGUACGCCGUGGCCUAAUGGAUAUGGGAUUAACUGUGAGUUUUCUGUUCGUACUCUCGAUAGUCCCCACGACAAUGACUAAUUUGUUUUGUCGUCGUACCAGAUCUCGCGGGAAGCAAGAUCAUCAAAUUCGGUAUCGAGUCGAAGCGAUCCGAUCCUCACACGUCCACGGAGGUCUUCCGCAACAACUUAUCCGGGGCUUUGAGGGACAUGAAGGAGGUGUGCGAAAAGGGACAGCCUGUGGCAGAACUUCCUGCGGCGGCGGCCAAGCUUUGA